ACAACAAAUAUGGCGAGCGGACUACUGGGAGCAGCGAACCUCCGACAGCCAGGCGAUUAUAUUAUUGUAUAAAUUUACCAGGUGGAGCCACACGGUUUCGAUAAUAACGAGAGUCGGACAACGAUUCCUCGACCUCUGUAAUUUCGAUCUUCACUUCGAUAUUCGGUAUAUUUGACAGUAUUCCCGCUCAACAGGUGGUUUUGAUUCACAAAUUCGGACUUGAAACGGUCUGACAAUUAAACGCCGGACAUUCGAAAUAUUUAUUGAUAGCCAAUUUGUAAUUGAUUCAUAAGUAAUCAAGGAAAUUGAACGAUGUCCGACGAGGAUCAAGAUCUGGCUAUUGAGCAAGAUACGUUCAAGAUUCUAAUCGCGUCCGACUGUCAUCUUGGUUAUGAGGAAACAUCCAUCAGAGGAGAAGACAGUUUUACUACGUUCGAAGAAAUUCUUAAGUAUGGAAAACGACACGAAGUUGACUUCAUUCUCCUUGGUGGAGAUUUAUUCCAUGAAAACAAGCCUACACAGUCAACGGUGAUGAAAUGUAUCAAUCUUCUACGAAAAUACUGUCUGGGCCCAAAACCUAACAAAUUCCAAUUUUUAACUGACCCAGAACUCAUUUUCAAACACUGCUUGAACAAAACUGUAAACUUUGAAGAUCCCAAUCUAAAUGUUGAAAUGCCAGUAUUUUCAAUUCACGGAAAUCACGAUGAUCCGAGUGGAGCUGGACAGAUAGGAAGUUUAGAUUUGAUGGCAGUCACUGGUCUGAUAAAUUAUUUUGGCAAAUGGACAAAUUUGAACAAAGUCACAGUUGCUCCCCUUAUAUUAAAAAAAGGCUCUACCCAUUUAGCAGUGUACGGUCUCAGUCAUAUCAAGGAUCAAAGACUAUCCAGGCUUUUUCGAGAUGGCGAUGUAAAAAUGCUGCGCCCCAGUGAGAUAGACAACUGCUUCAAUAUAUUUGUGUUGCAUCAAAACCGUGCUAAGCAUGCUGACUAUUCAUUUAUUCCGGAAAAUCUAUUGCCAAGUUUUUUCGACUUUGUACUAUGGGGCCAUGAACAUGAGUGCCGUAUCCAUCCGGAAACUGCUAUGGAUAAAGACUUUCGCAUUUGUCAGCCAGGAAGUUCUGUUGCAACUUCGUUGAGCGAAGGUGAAGCGGUUCCAAAACAUGUAGGCAUCCUACAUGUUCGUGAUUGUAGGUUCAAGCUACAGAAAUUGAAAUUGGAGACAGUGAGACCGUUUGUCUUCGACUCCAUUAACGUCCAUGACAAUGACGAAAUAAAAAUAAAUCCUAUGAAACCACUAGCCCAGUCAAUCGAAGCGUAUCUGGAUGAGUACAUAGAACAUACAAUGAUACCAAAAGCUGCUGAACAAUUAACAGGACAUCCUAAACAGCCGAAGUUACCAUUAUUGCGAUUGCGAGUAUUUUAUACCGAUGAUGACGAGAAGAUUGAUUCGUUCAGAUUGGACCAGAAGUAUGUGGACCAGGUGGCUAAUGCAACAGAUCUUAUUCUUGUGCGGAAACAAAGAACUACUACCAAAAAGGAAGAAAUCUACGACCUAGAUGAUGACGAUCAUGUCGUUAUGCAAAAUGCCUUGGGAUAUGGUGAGGACGCGCCCGAAUGGAGCAGAACUGUUCAGUUGGGAAUACGUAAAUACUUUGGAUCCAAAGAUAGUAGAAAACAACUAUCUGUGCUUUCUGUGACUGGUCUCAACGAAGCUUUGGCUCUAUUUGUGGAUAAAUCUGACAAAAGCGCUUUUGAAGACUUGAUAUACCAUCAAAUGAACGAGGCGCAGAAGUACAUUGAGACUAAAGAUCUUGAUGGCCCAGAAGACAUAAUGGAAGUAAUUGAUAACUUCCGUAAAGAAAGAGAAGGGACAGGAGACUUGGAGGAAGAGAAGGUACGUCGAUUUCUCGAUGAUAGUGACCGUGCCACUCAACGACGAAUUGAAGAUCCUAUAGAAGCAAUUACCUUGGACAGUGACAAUGAAACCCAAUCUAACAUAGAAGAAAUUACUACAACUGGAAGAGGAAGAGGUAGAGGUAGAGGAAGAGGAAGGGCGCGAGCGAGCCGAGCAAGAGGUACCAGUGGCGCUGCACAGACCAAGCCUACGGCUUCAGUUACUGGAAAUUUAUGGACCAAUGAACUCACGUUUGUGAAAUCUACUCCAGCGAAAACCGCGAAGAAGACUGCAAAAAAAAUUCCUGUGCAGUCGACUUCGAAGCAGUCAACUCUUCCGUUUCGAAGUUCAAAAAAGACGACAGAUACAAGCGAACUAUGUUAUGUAUCAGAUUCCGAUUAAAACUAAUCGUAACAUUCGUUCAAGAAUUUGGAUCAAAAUUGAUCCGAUGGAACAAGUAACCUAUUGAACUUUUAUGGCAUUAUGUAUAAAGACGUUUUGAAGUUUAAUAGAUCUACAUCGAUCUAUUAUGGUUUUCACGUGAUUCUGUCUGAUUUACGCAUCCUAUGUUAAGUUUUUCUACUUGGUUCUUAUAAUAUGUACGUACAUACAUGUUUGCUCAGUUAUCACUAUAUUUCUGUACAUUACUCCAUAGCCUAUGUACACCGUAUUUUCGAGAAUAAAUUGGUAAAUUUGUAA